AUGAAUGAACAAGUCUACACUUCUGUUCCUGUUAAAGAGGUUGGGGGUGUGGCAUGUAGAGAUAACGCCACGGAGCCACAUGCGAGUGAGAACAGCAGAUUCAGCUGGCAAGGGCUCAUCAGGCAUAUCGUCUCCAGCUUCAAGACCACAACCUCUCGUGCGAUCUGCCAGUUGGUGAAAGAAUAUGUUGGCCACAGAGACGGACUGUGGGAUGUCAGUGUUACACGGACGCAGCCAGUGGUUCUGGGGACUGCAUCUGCAGAUCACACGGCGUUACUGUGGAGCAUAGAGACUGGAAAAUGCCUUACCAAGUAUGUUGGCCACGCUGGAUCAGUGAACUCUAUAAAAUUUCAUCCUACAGAUCAAAUUGCAUUAACAGCAUCUGGAGACCAGACAGCUCACAUCUGGCGCUACGUGGUACAGUUACCCACUCCGCAACCAUCAACAGACACCAGCAUUUGUGCAGAGGAAGAAGUAGAUUUUUCAGAUAAAGAUGAACUUGAUGCCGAUGGAGAUAUUUCCAGUGAUUGUCCUACUGUCCGGGUUCCAAUAACCUCACUUAAAAGCCAUCAGGGAGUGGUCAUAGCUGCUGACUGGCUGGUCGGGGGGAAACAAGCAGUCACUGCAUCAUGGGAUAGAACUGCCAACUUGUAUGAUGUAGAGACAUCUGAGCUUGUCCACUCUCUGACAGGUCAUGACCAGGAAUUAACCCACUGCUGCACACAUCCCACACAGCGUCUCGUAGUGACUUCUUCCCGUGACACAACCUUCCGACUGUGGGAUUUUAGAGACCCCUCCAUACAUUCUGUGAAUGUUUUCCAGGGCCACACUGACACUGUGACCUCUGCUGUAUUCACGGUGGGGGACAACGUUGUGUCGGGAAGCGAUGACCGUACUGUGAAGGUCUGGGAUCUAAAGAAUAUGAGAUCACCCAUUGCCACCAUUCGAACAGAUUCUGCUGUAAACAGGAUUAGUGUGUCUGUCGGCCAGAGGAUCAUUGCCCUUCCACAUGACAAUCGGCAGGUUCGGUUAUUUGACAUGUCUGGAGUAAGAUUAGCUCGUCUUCCUCGCAGCAAUAGACAGGGCCACCGAAGAAUGGUCUGCUGCUCGGCUUGGAGUGAAGAUCACCCAACGUGCAAUCUCUUCACUUGCGGCUUUGAUCGCCAGGCCAUAGGAUGGAACAUAAACAUCCCUGCAUUGCUGCAAGAGAAAUAGACCUAAGAAGACAUAAAUAUGUAUAUGUAUUGGUUGAAUUCUGCAUUUUUACUGUGGACAUUUUCCAUCCGAGCAGGCAUUUACUGCCCUGCUGUCAUUGUGAGAUUCCAAAAAACGAGUGCUUUGUAAACGUGUUCUCGUUCCCUCAUCGUGCAUGAUGCAUUUAGGGAAAACCAGACAAGGGAGAAGCCUUUUCCCUGCGUUUCAAUGAUGAAAUAUUUCUUUGGGAUCCCAUCACUGAAAAGCGUGAUCUUUAUUUUUCACCCAGAGCACAUUUAUAGUGCUUAUUACUUGUCACUAUCAAAUGUAGAUGUGCAGUAGGGCAUUACAUUACUGUGAUAUAAAUGUGAAUCUCAUGUAAUUGUUGUGAAGGAUGUAAUAGUCUGCUGCAUUUAUACAUAGGCGUAUCUGCGUCCUGUAAAAAAAUAAAAAAAUAAGAAACUAGACAUAAAAGUAAAUAAAGAAAACUGUUACAGAAAAAAAAAACACGAUGGUAUGGAGUGUAGAUUCCACUCUUGCCAUAGUUCAGCAUUAUAUUAUUAAUGCUUCAUAAAGCCUUUGCUGGAUCUGGUAUUAUUUCUCUCCUUUUUGAGUCAGGCUUCAGCAUAUUAGCUUUGUUUUUUUAAUAUAUGUAUAGUUUUAUUCUCUGUUAUUUGAAUGCUGUAUGUUACAAAACAAGCAGCAAAAAAAAGUUAUUGAGCCACAAUUGGAGGUGUGAUGAAUGCUGGAAUGUGUUGUACCAUAAUAGUAUAGGCACUAGAGGAGAAAGAAGAGUUUUACUUUUCUACCAUGGUAUAGUUUGAAUCUAGAUAUAAUCUGCUUAAAAGAAAAUAGGAUCUACUCCCCCCCCCCCCCCCCCCCGUCAGAAACGGGCAGCUCCAUUUUUUUCCAUGGGACGUGUCUGGUAUUACAACUCGGCCCCAUGUUUUAUAGUAUCGGACACAGCCCAUGAGAGGCACUGUUUCUGGAGAAGCAGGCAAUCCCUUUUUGUCUAAUCCUGAACAAACCCUUUAAUGAUAAACGCACUAUUGCAGCUUAGCUGAGCUCCUCCAGCGCAUUGCUCUGUUGUACUGCUUUCUGAGGCAGUUAAAGGGAACCUGUCCCCAUGAAAUGAAUGACCGUCUGCAGGCAGCAUGUUAUAGAGCAGGAGGAGCUGAGCAGAUAUAUCAUUUUGUGGGAAAGAUUCUGUAAAUCUUGUAAUUUAUACAUUGAAUCUCUGCUCUUUCUGAGCUCAGUAGUCACAUGGACUGUCUUAUCAGUGAUUGACAGCUAUCUAUGUGUACAAACCAGCCCAAGGAAGGCUAUCCAUUACUGAUAAGACCACCCGCGUGGGCAACUGAGCUCAGAAAGCAGAGAUAAAGUAUAAAUUACAAGAUUUAUUGAAUCUUUUCCCAUGAAGCUACAUAUCCGUCUGCUCAUCUCCUCCUGUUCUUCAACAUGCUGCCUGCAGACUGCACCGCAUUUUAGGGUACGGCUCCACAGCGACACUGGUUACUCAACAGCUGUUGCGGCCAGGAUCGCAGAGUAGCGGUGAUCCCAUACAAAUUAGUAGGAUCAUAGAUCCAACACUGCUGGAUUUCUUGCGGCUCGCGCAGCAAUCUCAUUCAUUUCCAUGGAAUCACAGCUACUCUGCAAUCCUGGCCGCAACAGUUGGCACUUGACCAGUGUAGCCAUACACCUUAAUGUUUUCUGAAUCUGAAUACUUGUCAUUUUUAGACCAGAAAAAGCUAUGUCUCAGAACACAAAUCACCGUAUCAUGCGCUGUCCAGACAGUCAACCAGCAGGGGUCAUUGGGAGAUAUGAAAUCAGUAACUUUCAAAGUUUAAAAUGCAGCUCUGGAGGAGAUUAAACAAUAAAGUAUAACAUUUGUAUUUUUUCUUUAAGGGAUUGUCUAAGAGUAUAAGAAAAGUACCUACAGGGAAAGUAAUGUCAAAUAACAAAUCGACCAUUAUCUGUCAAAUCUAGUGUCGGUGGUGCCCAAACUUGUAUGCUCUUCCUACAGCGAUUAUGCUGCAGCCAAUCACUGUGCUCGCCUGACACGUUGCGUGAGGUCGGCGAUUGCCUUCAGUGUUCACUUGUAUGGUGCAUCAUUGCCGAAAGAGCAUACAAAGGCCGACAGGGAGCAUUGACAUCGGGUUUCACAGGUCCGUAAUGGUUGGUUCGUUCUUCCAGCAGGCUGUAGGAUUGUCUAGAUGUAAACUGAAUAAUGGUUUACGAAGGUUAAUCUACUCUUUAAGUCUAUUUGACAAGUCCAAAAUCUGUAGUUGAGCCUGUUUUUGUGGUUGGCUGUAUUGCGACAUAUACUUCCACCUUAGUUAAAGCGGCGCACUAUGCCCAGGCCUUGUCUAGAGUUAAAAUUAUAAUCUCUUUGGAGCCCGUUCUUGUGAAAAUUGAAAUCGGGCACACAAUGCGAUUUUCAAUCACUAAAAUAUUAAAGCAAAUUUAAUGCACUUUAGCUCCAAGAUGCCGUUAUGAACAAUUUCUAACACUUUCUAAUAGCAUUUUCAGUGACUGUGAGUUGACCUUCUUAGGAAUGACUGACAGCAUUUAGAGCAAUUUAAAAAAUAAUAAUAAUAAAAAAAUGAAAAAGGUUGGGUUCCAUUCCCCCCCCCCCCAAAUAUUAUUUUUAAAACCAUUGUAUCUUUUUACUUCUAGACUGUUGAUACUUUAAUAUAUUGUUGCCUCUUUUCUCCUUGAAAAUAUAUAAAUUGAUGAUUAGUUUGCUAACUGGUGCACUUGACUUGCCACUAGCAGAUAAUAGUCAGCAAUAACUCAGCCGGAUUUCCUAUUUGCACAUGAAUAAGAAUAUAAUGACACUCCAGGAGAAGUCUAGGUAAAUCUUACAUCUAAACAAUAUCGGUGUAAUAUAUACAUGUCUUGAUGUACAGGUCAUAUGUCAUUUUGUAAAGAAAAACAAGCACGUCCAAGGUUAAACUAGUGUAUCCUCAGUCAUAUCCAAAAACGUUAUGUAUCCGUUAUUGGAACCAUUCCGUUAUUCACUUUGUAAAUUAAUUCACCAAAUGUUUAAACUAUGUGGAAAAAAUGACAUCGACAUAUUAGAACCAGUUUGUCUGUCUGCUCCCAGUUCAUUAAUGACAAAUAUAUCAGAAUGCUAAUCCAAUUAGGGAAACAACACAAUACUUUUUAAAGGGGCUGUGCAAGAAUGGAAGGGGGUGGGGUGGUAGUUGACACCUUUCUAGUCCUGCAAACUUCAAGAUGGAUUCAUCACCCCCAUGUACUUCCCUAACAUGCUGGAUCAAUCUUGGAGCAACCCUCCCUUCCCCACUUGGCCAGACCUGUAAUCUGCUUCCAGGCUCUGGCUUACCGCUCCUUCUCCUCUCGGCCUUCGAUGCUCCACUGGGCUCCCUCGCUGUAAACCUCCUGUUUGAGAUUGCUGCAGCCAAUCUCUGGCUGCGGCAGUGACCAGAUCCCCUUGCAUCAUGUGACCAUUUGUCAUUUCAUAAGGGGAGCCGGUCACUGCCAUGGCCAAUGAUUGGCUGCAGGCGGCUUCAAACUGGAUGCUUUCAGUGAGGGAGCCCAGCAGACCAUCGAAGGCUGAGAGGAAAAGGAGUGUGAAGCCAGCACUGGGAAGCAGAAAAGUAGGCCUCCUUUUACAAGUCCAGCCAAAAGAGAGGGUGCUAUAACCCACCUAUUCCAGCACAACUCUUUUAAGGUUAAUCUGUGGAGCAAUAAGAUUUAUUCUAGUGAUGUUUUGGCCCUUCUGUACCUUGUUCUCACUGUACAUUAAACUCCCCUUCAACCAGCUGGACAUAGGCUCUCCAUCACUCUUUUAGCAUGUACUAGUGGAGCAUUGGAACAUUUCCUUGCCCCUUUGCCCCCCUUGCUUUGCGCUGGAUUGCACAGGGCAGGGUCUGUUUGUUGUUGAGUCGGUGAUUGUAUUGGGCUUGACAUCAGUAUGCUUAACUGAGACUUCCUUCUAGCAGGGAGCCCGGUAAUGUCACUGGCACAAAUGGGCAGUGUAUAUCGCUGUUCUGGGCAGUUUUAGAGGUAGGUAAUAGUUAUACUUGCCUCUAAAAGUGCAAGGAAAUGCUCAUGCGUACAUGCUAAUGGAGUGAAGGUGGCGCUCAUGUCCGGGUUCAGCCCUGAACCCAGACAACACCUUUUAAUUUGCUUCCAUUGAAUUGAUUACUGCCAGUUCUAAAGCUGCCCAAACACCGAAGAUGUUUCACCUUUUCCGACAAUGAUUGUUUAGAAACUAUACGUGGCUGAUGGUUCACGAUGGCUGACUGCAAAGAGGUGAUCUGUCAGGUUAGAUUUUAUUUUCAGCCAUUUUCAGCUGAAUGCAAGUGUAUGGCAUGAUCAGCUAAAUGCAGACAAUCGUUCCCUUUUUGCACAAGUCUCCUUUGUUAUUUUACCUCCAGUGCCAAAAAACAGGCUUAAAAUGGCUCAAUGGAGCCAAAUAUGGGGAACCUUCUUUUAUUAGCAAAAAAAAAAAUUACUACAUUGUACUAGGAGUUAUAUUUCUAAUGUAUGUGCUUGUUAUUCCUAAAAUUCACAAUUAUUGUAUGAAGCUUAGCAUAUACAGUACCUGAACUGCUGUAUGUUCUUGCAGAUAUGGCUGCAUACAUAGUACUAGGUUUCUGGGGAGUCUGACCCAUUAUGCUCAUCUCUUUCACAGUUUUGAAAAUGAGCUUUUUCCCUUCAUAUGUGUCCAUUACAGUGUGUUACAUUAUACAUGAAAUAGUUUUAUGUUUUUUGAGUCAAAAGAUAGUUUGUAAACUGGUGGUUAAUUGGUGAACUCGCUGAUUUAGGUGGAACCACACCAACCAUCUAAGGAGGCCUCCUGACUCUUCCCUAACAGAAGAGGUCAGGGGUGAUGAGAAGUAGGCUGUUGGAUUUUAGCAUGUCCUAUCCUUUUAUUCUCAGAAAGACAAGCCACUACUAGAGUAUGACUUAAGUGGCUUAAGUUCCCUGUCUUCACAUUUCAGAACAUAUGCACACUCGGCCACGUAUGGGGGUGGGUGCCUUAGGUGAGAUUGCUUUCAGCCAACAGGCAUUUAAUGGGUAUGGCCAGCCUAAGGCUCACUUUUUACUAGUGUUUAAAAGAUUUAACGAAGGAAAACCUAUCUUUUGGAAUUUGUCCCCAUUCUGUAUAUGGCAAGUGAGAAAAACAAGGAUACUUUUCCUUGUGUCCCACUUAGGAAAUCUGUCCCAAAAUUUGGAAGGGUGUGAGAUUUAAGCUAAAGCUCAUAUGAGGUUCUAUUUAAUUGAUCUGGUUUAUAUUUUGGGGUGGUCCAUUUCUGUAUGUGGUGUAGGUGGUUGCCCAUCACUGUUUGGGCUAUUUCAUGUACAGUUUUAUUAGCUUAGAGAGAGUGCAGUAACUGGUAAGAGCGCUAAAAAAAUCACUGGUUUGGAUCCUUUAUAUUCCUUUCCAAAUUGUCAGACGUCAUAAAUUUUUUAGGGUAGUUCGGUAUUUAUUCACUCUUUAGAAGUACAUUAGGAUCAUCCUCUCAAAUUCUUGUUUCCCCUACAGCACACCUGAUAAAACUGUCUAGUAGUUCUGUAGACAUUUUCAGCUUAAACUGGGGGAUCUACCAACAGAUAUCUGUUGUCUGUGGCGAAGCUCGAAGGCUAAAGUCUGAAGACAUUCUCUUGUUUUUUUUCUAUUAGACUGGAAAUGCAUGGAGAGUCAAAACUGUCUAAAGGUUGUAAUAUUACUUUUUGUCCUUGAAAUUUCAUAGAAGAUGAGAUUGAAUCACGAGAUGCCCUUCAAGUUACUCAACAGUAGGAGGUCAGGGCUCACAUGUUUCUAUGUAAACUGAGCCUUAGGCUGGUUCCAGACAGUUGAGAAUUUUCACCUCCGAUUUCACCCUUUGCUAUUUGUUGCAUCUGGACUUACCCUUCAGCCAGUUUCAGAUGAACAUAACUCCACUACAUUUUAUCAUCUAUAUUAUGACUUCAAUACCUAGGGUCCUCAAGGGUCUACUGAACUAAAUUUAGAUGACCACAGAACCCUGUGGCGAUCUAAAGUCAAAGUUGUCACAUGGACAUGCGGCUGGAUUAUGGCAUUUGUACUUUAUACAAAAUGCAAAAGUAUAUGUAUUCUGUUUUAUAUAUACUUCAGUGUGACAAAUGUAUGAACCCAAAGUUUUAACAAUACUCACUGAAUAGAAACUGUGUGAAAAUCGAUAACAUCAAUUAGCAUUGGUUUCUUGUAAUGUCAUGUAAAAUAUUGUAUAUAAAGAGAAUACUUACGCCUGUAUAUUAGUGAACCCCAUGUUCUCCUAGUAUUGUUUUCUAGUAUUGUCACUUUUGUUGAAUUCCUGUUUUUGAGGAGGUUAACAGAAGGGUUAACAGAAGUACAACCCGAUGAAGAUCUUGUUUCUCCUUGAUGAAAUAUGAGAAAAAACAAUAGAGCAUAUCCUAGAUGAAUUGCUGUGAGAUGACAGUACUUUUUCUUCCAUGUGUGACAUUUAAAUUGAAUGUUUGUGUCUCUUUUUCUUAAAUAAAAGAAUUAUUAAAAAAAAAA